AUGAUGCAUCAUGUAAGGAGAGUACCCGCUCUUUUCCCAAAGCCGAGUCUAGAGAUGUGUGCCGAGGCCGGUGCCGAGGUAUUGAGGGAUAGAUGGAGAUGCAUGCAGAUGGAGGGAGGUGGAGUGGGAGAAUUCAGCGGCGUGGUGGGGCCGGCAUAUAGUAUUUGGGAGCCGAGUUCCAUGAGAGGAGGAAUGUCUCUCCUCCUCGCCGAAAAUGGAAUUUCAGUCUCCAUCAAUGAUCCCUCCAUCUCCACAGUCGAUUCCCUCAUUCAAUCUGCCAAAGAUCAAAAUAUCACCUCGAGAACCUUGUCAAAACACACCGAGUAUAAAUCUCUUAUCGAUUCUCUCUCUUCACCAAGAGUCAUCUUCUUUUCCUUGCCGCAUGGAAAUGGUGUAUUUUACAUAGGAUGUGGUGUAUCAGGAGGUUAUCAAGCUGCACGACGAGGACCUAGUAUGUGUCCUGGAGGUCAAGAACAAGCAUUGGAUAUUGUCAUGCCGUUGUUAGAAAAAAUAGCUGCGAAAGCAAGUGAUGGAACACCAUGUGUAGCGAGGAUAGGAGAUGGUGGUGCGGGACAUUAUGUCAAGAUGAUUCAUAAUGGCAUUGAGCAUGGAAUGAUGAGCGCCAUUAGUGAAGCUUGGACUUUUAUGAAUAAACAUUUGGGAAUGGAAUAUGAUGAGAUUGGUAAGGUAUUUGAGAAGUGGUCUGCUGAGGGAGAAUUGAAAAAUACCUUCCUCAUCCAAAUCGGCGCAGACAUCUGCGAACAAAAAGAUAAAUCCGGAAACCACGUUCUAGCCGAUGUAAAAGACAAAGUAGUACAAGACACCGACAAUAGCGAAGGCACAGGAAUCUGGUCCAACACACAAGCAACCUCACUCCACGUUCCCGCUCCCACCCUCUCCACAGCCCACUACCUCCGCAUCGUGUCCGCCUAUCGCGGACACAGACAACACUCUACAUCACCUGUCUCGCCUCCCACAUCCAAGGCAUGA